GGAAAACACUCGGAGCGGAUCAGAGCGAGGACAGCCGGUCUGGAGAUACUCAGCAGCGCGUCCAGCUGCACUCCUGUGAAUGACAGACGUGCAGCAGACCAUCUUCAACACUGCAGUCUGGAGUGAUGGGUGAUGUUCAGUUUGCCACUGGCUCUCAUGUCUCGAAGACGAGUCUUACUCUGGGACAAGGUCUCUCCAGCAGAGAACCCCCUGUUUUUACUCUCCCGCCGCGUAAUACCCGAGUCAGCCAGGGACGUAUCGCACGCCUCGAAGGCAAGGUGCGUGGUCAUCCAGAGCCCCAGGUGUGCUGGUUUCGAAAUGGGAAGCUGUUGAUCUCUAGCGAUCGCUACUCCAUGGAACAAAGUGCACGUGGAACCUUCAGUUUACUGGUUCGGGAGGUUCAGAAUGAUGAUGGUGGACGUUACACUUGCGAAGCGGUCAAUGACGCUGGAAACUGCCAGGUUACCGUGGAGAUCAUUGUUGAAGGAAACACAGGAAAGAAAUACAAUCUUCCCUCCUCCAGUAGAAUAGGUGGCUCAAUGGGUGUUCCCGCAGUAGAAAACAGACCCAGUAUCUGGGGUGAAAGCCCCCCAAAGUUUGUGACUAAACCUUCACGUGUGUAUCUCAAAAUUGGACAGAGUGGCAAGUUCUCAGUCAAGAUCACAGGACGGCCACAGCCACUGGUGCAGUGGUACAAGGGUGAAGAGAAGAUCCAGAUGUCAGAUCACUAUAACACGUUUGAGCGCUCAGGAAUGCAUUUCCUGGAGAUCUGUCAAGUGUGCUCGGAUGAUGCCGCCAUCUACACCUGCCUGGUGUCCAACAGCGCUGGCAAAGCCUCUGCAACCGCUGAACUUAUCGUUCAAGGUACAGACACUGAGGCAGCCAUUGUGACCAAAUCGUAUCAUGAUCUGUCUAAAUCCUCUCUGACCAAGCACAGUACCAACUUCCUGGACGCUGAACAGAAACCUUCAAGCACAUUUAUCCAGACAGUAACCACAGAUACACCCAAAGCAUCAUCCACUAGUGCUACGUCAAACAUUUCACCUGUGACCAGAACAGAUAGUCCGAAAACAACAACAUCUAUAGCUUUACAACCCCCCGAUAAAGCCAUCGAUGGGAGAUCGCAAAUUGGUCAAAACAUGUCAAAUGUUGUCAGUAUAAAGAGUGCGAAUAAGGGAAUAAAAGAGUCACAUGACAUAAAGAGAGACACAGAUGUCUUCAGCGCUCCAGGACAGACACCGAAACCCACCCAAGUAAAGUCCAGCAGAGACACCCACCCGUCGGCCAGAGUGAGCAGGAUGGAUGUCUUUGAAACUCCGCCUAGUUUUGAUUCAGAGCCACAGAGCCAAGAGGUCAUGCAGGGUGAAAAGGUCACGUUCACUUGUCAAGUGUCUGGGUCACCGCUACCCUCAGUGAGCUGGAUGAAGGAUGGAGUUCCUGUCAGCCAAAGAGCAGGCGUCCGUACAUGGCAAGAGGGCAGUCUGCACUUUCUGUGUCUGGGGAGCACUCACAUUACAGACACGGGACUGUAUAGCUGCUCUGCCAUCAACAAAAGAGGAAAGACCGCAGCCCACUGGAGUCUGACAGUCAAGAGUGUGAGGGUGGAAGGCAGGCGUCCGGUGUUCAGCUCUACUCUGAUGGACUGUUCUGUAACCGAGGGACAGGAUUUCUGUCUUCAUUGCUCAGUAGAAGGCAGACCCCAGCCUGUGGUCUCCUGGCUCCUCAAUGAUAAGCCUGUGACACAUUUACACACUGUGUAUGAGAAUGCUGAGUGUGAGCUGAGAGUUCAGGCCGCUGUGAUGGAGGACGCUGGUGUGUACACAUGUGUGGCAGUGAAUGAUCAUGGUAGAGCUGCGUGUUCAGCCUGUGUGCUGGUUAAAGCUAAACCAAGUGUGAAGAGGUCUUGUGCCCCUCCUGCGGUUGAUGUGAGAAGACCCUCCGCUCCGGUUUUCCUCGAGAGUCUGCAGGAUCUCAGAGUCAUGGACGGCAGUCAGGUCACCAUGACUGUGGAGGUGACAGGAAAUCCUCCCCCUGAGGUGGUGUGGCUGCACAAUGGAAAAGAGAUCCAGGAGUCCGAGGACUUCCAUUUCGAGAAGAAGGGCUGUCAAUACACUCUCUUCAUACAGGAGGUCUUUCCUGAGGACACCGGCACAUACACCUGCGAGGUGUGGAAUGAAGCUGGAUACGCUCGGACUGAAGCUUCACUCACUGUUCAAGAGCCUCAGGACGGAGUUCAGCCCUGGUUUAUCACUAAACCUCCGUCCUCUACAACCUACCUCGGUCAGCACGCUUUGCUGUCCUGCGCCAUCGCUGGUGACCCCUUCCCAGCAUUCCUCUGGAUGAAGAACGGUCAGGUGAUAUUUGGAGAGGGGGACUUUGAAAUCUUACAGAAGGAAGAUGUUGUGUCACUGCUCAUCAGGAAUGUAAAGACGCAUCAUGCUGGAAACUACGAGAUUCAUCUUAAAAAUAAAGUAGGGGAGUGCAAAUCGGUGGCCACCCUGCACAUCAUUGAGAGCUCUGGGCCGUCUGGUGACGAUUCUCAUAAACGCCAAGGGGUGGAGAGGACUGCUCCGGGCAAGGGAGGACAGAGCGACAGACCUGCCUCACUGUGCUCCGAGCCACUCUGGGACCGCGACGUUCCGGAUUGGGAGGAGAACGAGGCCACCCGUGGGCGUCUCAAAAGGCGCGUGGAAACCAAAGAGCAUCGGGAAGACCAGAUCCGACAGCAGGAGGCUGAGCAGAUCGACUUCCGAACCGUUCUGGGCAACAAGGUGGCCACGAAGAGCGUCUCUGAGGAAGACCUGAAGGAGAUCACAGCUGAGCAGAUGGACUUCAGAGGGAGCCUCCAGCGGCAGAUCAAGCCCAAGACCCAGUCGGAAGAUGAGCGGAAGGUCAACUCUCCCCAGCAGGUGGACUUCAGGGCCGUGCUGGGAAAGAAAGGAACCGCGGGAAACCCGAAACCUGCUCCUGGAUCGUUAACAAACGCUCAACCAAACAAAAACGCAGUUGUCGACUUUAGGUCGGUGUUAGGAAACAAGAAAAAGCAACAGACCCAGGAGAGGAACGGAGAAAGGCCACUGUUAAAAGACGGCACGGGAAAGGAAAAUGAUGUUAACUGUGUGGAUGGAGGGGUGAAGGAGAAAGCAAGGGCUGGUGGAAGGAACGAUCCAGUUUUUACACAGAAACUUAGAGAUGUGACGGUGCUGGAUGGGGAACCCUUGCAUCUACAGUGCCAACUUUCUUCUGAAUCGUCUGCUAAGGUCACGUGGACCCUUGACGGGAAACUCAUCAAACCAUCGAAAUUCAUUGUUAUUACCAAUGAAGGUGGUCAGUGCUCUCUGUGCAUUGAUAAAGCUCUUCCUGAGGAUGAUGGACAGUAUGUUUGCAGAGCAGAGACAAGCGAGGGCAGGGAAGAGUGUUCCUGUAUGGUCCUAGUGGAUGAUCCCAGUGUCCCCGAAACAGCUGAUAAGCGAAGCAGGAAGCCCUCUACCCCGACCACAGAGAAUGAGGCCAAAAUAAAGAAACCGCAACCAAAAACGCUGCCAAAACAAGGUGCUCCUCCUCAGAUCCUGCAGUUCCCUGAUGAUAUGAAGAUCUUGGCCGGUCAGCAGGUCAAUCUGUUGUGUAAAUUCACUGGAGCUCCGCCCAUCAGCUGCACCUGGCUCAAGUUCCGCAAACCAAUUCAGGAGGGUCAGGAUGGCAUCUCGAUUCUGAGCGCAGACUGCAGCAGUCAGCUGACCAUCCCAGAAGGACAACAGGAACACUGCGGAUGCUACACAAUUGAGAUCAAAAACAGCUGGGGCGCAAGACAGGCCGCUCUCAAUCUCACUAUAGUCGAUAAGCCUGACCCACCCGCCCGUGUCCCAGCAGCCUCGGACAUCCGUAAGUCCAGCCUUACUCUGUCUUGGUACGGGCCGACGUACGACGGUGGCAGCGCAGUCCAGUCCUACAACCUGGAGAUAUGGAACUCUGUGAAUAAGCAGUGGACAGAUCUGGCAUCCUGUAAUAGCACUUCAUACAAUGUGCAGAACCUGCUUCCGGACAGACAGUACAAGUUGCGAGUGAGAGCUGUAAAUAUUUAUGGGGUAGGAGAACCCAGCGCUGAAUCUGAGCCUGUGCAGGUUGGCCAGGAGGCUGAAGAUGAAAAUAAGGAAGAUGAGGCUGAGCCCUCAGAUGAAGAAUCAGAGAAAGUACGAGAAUACAGAAACGUGACGAUCAGAACAGACGUGAAGGUUAAGGACCUGUAUGAUGUGGAAGACCGAAUGGGCACAGGGAAAUUCGGUACUGUUUUUAAACUAAUAGAGAAGUCCACAAAAAAAGUCUGGGCUGGGAAGUUCAUAAAAGCGUAUUCUGCCAAAGAGAAGGAUAACGUCCGCCAGGAAAUCGCAAUUAUGAAUGAUCUUCAUCACCCAAAACUUGUGCAGUGUGUUGAUGCUUUUGAGGCGAAGACAGACAUUGUUAUGGUAUUAGAAAUAAUAUCUGGAGGAGAACUCUUUGAUCGGAUCAUAGAUGAGGAUUUUGAGCUGACAGAGAGAGAAGUGAUCAAAUACAUGCUGCAGAUUGUGGAUGGUGUGAACUUCAUCCAUAAGAAGGGCAUCGUCCACCUCGACCUCAAACCUGAGAACAUUAUGUGUGUCAAUAAAACUGGCAGCAAAAUCAAACUCAUUGACUUUGGACUGGCACGUAGACUGGAGACAGCCGGAUCUCUCAAAGUCUUAUUUGGCACGCCGGAGUUUGUAGCUCCAGAGGUGAUCAGCUAUGAGCCCAUCAGUUACGCUACAGACAUGUGGAGUAUUGGAGUUAUCUGCUAUAUACUUGUAAGCGGUUUGUCUCCGUUCAUGGGGGACAAUGAUAAUGAGACGCUAUCUAACGUAACCUCGGCAACGUGGGAUUUUGAAGAUGAAGCGUUUGAUGAGAUCUCAGAUGAGGCCAAAAGCUUCAUUAGCAACUUGCUGAAGAAAAACAUGAAGGCCCGUCUGACCUGUGAUCAGUGUAUUCAGCACCCGUGGCUCAAGCAGGACACAAAUAACAUGGAGGCCAAGAAGCUUUCUAAGGAGAGAAUGAAGAAGUACAUCCUGAGAAGAAAAUGGCAGAAAACAGGGCAUGCAGUACGAGCGAUUGGUCGACUAUCUAACAUGGCAUUGAUGGCAGGGGUUCAUGCCAAAAAGGGCUCCCCCACCGAAGCGGAGGAUAGACAGUUUUCUAUUGAAUCAGAGGAGAAGGUUCCAAUGAAACCCACGUUCAGCACUGUUAUUAAAGAUGUUGAGGUGGUGGAGGGCAGUGCUGCUCGAUUCGACUGCAAAAUUGAAGGUCACCCUGACCCAGAGGUGGUGUGGUUUAAGGACGACCAGCCGAUUAAAGAGACACGUCAUUUUCAAAUCGAUUAUGAUGAAGAUGGAAACUGCAGUCUGGUCAUUUCUGAGGUCAGUGGUGAGGAUGAUGCAAAAUACACCUGCAAGGCCAUGAACAGCGUCGGAGAAGCAACCUGCACCGCUGAACUCAUCGUAGAGGUGAUGGAUGGAGAAGAGGAGGAAGAAGAAUAAGUGGUACUUCGGUUAAAAAAAGCGUUUCUCUCUUUCUUUGGUUAGUCACACUGUCUUUUUGAUACUGACAAUGAUGAUGAGGAAUACCUCCAUCACCUUGCGCUGCGUUUUUUUUAUUGCACCUCCAAUUCUUGUUUGUUUGUUUUGUGUUAAUACAGUCAAGGUCAGAUAUCUGAUUAUCGCAUGACCCUUGCAUUUCACAAGUUCCAUCGGUAACUUUUCUUUUAUAACAAAGUUUUUAACAAAGUUUUUCCAACCAGACCAAACUAAACUUAACUAAACUAAACUCACACGUGUGUUUGUGUGAGAUAAUGUUUCAAAUAAGUGUUAUUUAAGCACUUAUGUAAGGUUGUGUGUUUUCAUUUGAAGACCUUUUCCUCGUUUUCACCCUUGACAACUGCACUUAUCAGAGAUUUGUAUACAUGUUAUUAGUAAUGUCUAUAGGAUGGAUUUCUCUAUUUUACAGUAGGCCUAUGUACCAGUUCGAAAAAGUGCAGACUGCAUUGUAAUGAGAACACUACAAAUGUUGUUAUUCACAUUUAAAGAAUAAAUUUUUUAUCACAA